AUGAGUAUUUCUGCGAAAACUGGGAAGCCAAAACCACCGACAAAACAGCCGGAUGUCAAGGAAGUUGCAAUGGAAACCUUCAAGUCGAUGGACGUGGAUAAGUCAGGCAAGGUGAGCUUCGCAGAGUUUAAAAUGGCCAUGGAGAAGAAGGGAGGGCAGAAGCUUUCGAUGUCUGCGUUGAAGACAUUUUUCGACUCAUUCGAUAAGAACAAAGAUGGAGAGCUGAGCCUUGAGGAAAUUGAAAACCUUGUGCUUUAG